GAUGUUGUGAUGGGGGCUGAGGGAGAUUUCCAUCCCACCUAGGAGACGAGAGAAGGAGCUGCACUGGUUGAGAGGUGGCAGGAAAAAUUGUCUUUAGGGGACAUUCAAGUUUUGGUUAAGACAAGGGGCAAAGCAGAAUCCAAGGAGAGACAGAAUAUCAAGAUGCCCCAGGGCCCACUGGGAACAAAGUAGGUUGGCAGCUGUAGAGCCUUUGAAGCAAUAGGGAAUUUGAGUGCAAAAGAAUCGUGUGACUUUCUAGCCUCAAUGUUUGGGUGCCAAGGGUUUGAGCAUGGACAUUUGAGGCUUGAUGAGAUGUGCCACAGUCCCUAGAAGCAGGAUCAGAACUUGGGCCUAAUGGUGUUCUGCUUAGAGGGUUGGCAGUAGAGGGGACUUAGAAGUUGUGAAUUCUGUGGUCCCAGAGGGCUGGGGACGAGCCUCCAGAGGAGCCGCCAUUCCCAAUCCCGUGCCUUUGCCAGAAACCACAACCUGAACAUGAUGCCAUCUCCCAGUAAGCUCAGAAAUGCACUUAGACCCUGCUGCAACAUAAUUCCUCAGUAGGCCAAACUAGAAAUUGAUUUACUGGCCCUGACUUAGGCCAGCAUACUCAUUUCAUGGACAAGGAAACUCAGGUUAAGAGAGGACAAAUGAUUGGGCUGGGCCAGGCCAGGGCCCACAUUCACUUUCCUGUUUUCCACACUACUGUGGAAUGUCUGCUAGCUCAGGGCUUCAGUGGGGGCAUUGAUGAAGGGCUGAGCACACCCAUGAACUGCUCUAAAAGGGUUAGCCAUAGAGAAGGGGCAGGCAUGAAACAAUGCAUUAGAGAAGAAAAGGUGGGAAUGAGAUAGGGAGGGAAGAAGUGAGCCACGUGGAAACCCAAGCAGGCCCUAUGCCUUCUGAUUUCUACUGAAGCUGUAGAAAGGGCCAGAGAGGGCAACCACCUUUUCUUCCCCCUUCUCAGAUCAGAGGCCCUGUGGCAUGUGGGUAAACCAGUUCAGCCUCCAGUACCAGGUCACUCUGAAAAAGGGAUUAAAAGGAAAGCACACCGUCUGUUAAUACUGGAGAAAGCACUGAGAAUGGUCUGGACUGGGAGAAACCAGUCCUCCUGGCUGGAGACAUGAAAACCAUGAAAUUAAAUUCCAGAGCUCUCGUAGAAGCCUGUGUGGCUUUGUGUGGUCUGACAAGCUACAUUUAUUUUUUUUAAAUUUUUAAAAAGGACCCAAAAUAUAAGGACUUAAAUGACAGGACAGCCAUUUAUCCUUUCCUUCCCCAUCCAUAGAACUGGACCUGAGGCAGCUAGGAAUAGGAUGCAUGUUUUGACCCUAGCCAGGAUCAGAAAGAAGGAAACUUCUGAGGUUCUUCAGCAGUGGAAGAGGGCAGUCAGGACAGGGACACUGAGGAAGUGUUACAUUGCUAAAAAAGGCUACUUACGCAUAUACUAUGCAUGGCUGAACAUAAACAGGACUGUGUCUGGGAUGAACUUGUAAAGUCUCUGUCUUCCAAAUCUGAGUAGUCACUGGGUUUCUUGGAUUUCUGAAAAGUCCUGGUCAGUGACGAGAAACAUCCCUGUGUUUAUCUAGCUUCAUCCAAAUCCUGUAGAGCUCACCCCAGGGUUGCAGAGCAAUAGGGAGUAUAAUAUCUUGGAACCAUCCUAAUGCCUGAUCCCUGGGGCUAGCUGGAUCUGACCUCUCCCUCUACACCUGAUCUUUCUCUGUUCCAUUCACCUUCCAAAUCCAUUUGAGUUCAGUUCAAAUGUAUCUGAUUCAGUAAUCCUGGAAAAGCUGUAGAAAACUCUAGGAUACAGAAUUUGGGGUCCAGGUAUCCUGGAAUAAUCCUGGAUUCCUUUGUAUCCACCUACAAAUGGGGGUACAAAUGCAAAUGUGUACCCCCAUCUAGGAGUCAUGCCUAGCAACUCCUUUUAAGGAACUAGAGGCUUCCAAUCUUGUCCCCUGACCAUGUGUGAUGGGCUGAAUUGUGUCUCCCUCUCCAAAUGUGUAUGUUGGAAUCCUUACCCUUAAUACCUCAGACGUGACUGUAUUUGGAGAUGGAGUCUUUAAAUAGGCAGUAGAGAGUGGGCCCUAAUCUAGGCUCACUGGUGUCCUUAUAAGAAGAGGAGAUUAGGACACAGAUAUGUAUAGAGGGAAGACCAUGUGAAGACACAGGAGAAGCCACCUGUGAGCCAAGGAGAGAGGCCUCAGAAGAAAGCAGCCCUGCCAAUGACUUGGUCCAGCUUCUAGAAGUGUGAGGAAAUGAAUUUCUAUUGUUGAAGCCAACCAGUGUAUGGUUCUUUGCUAUGGCAGCCCUAGCGAACUCAUACACUGUGUGGCUUAGUGUGUUUGUGUUGCUGUAAAGGAAUACCUGAGGAGGUGGGGGUAAUGUAUAAAGAAAAGAGGUCUUUUGGCCAAAGACCUCUUUGGUUUUGGAGGUUGUAUAAGAAGCAUGGUGCUGGCCUCUAUUUCUGGUGAGGGCCUCAGGCUGCUUCUAUCCACAGUGGAAGGGGUAGGGGAGCCAGCAUGGGCAGGGUUACAUGGAGAGAGAGGAAGCAAGAGAGGGAGUGGUUCCAGGCUCUUUUUAACAGUCACAUCUCAUGGCAGCUAAUAGUAAUAGAACGAGAACUCACUCAUCACUGUGGGGAUGGCACCAAGCCAUUCAGGCGGGAUCCACCCCCAUUACCCAAACACCUCCCACCAGGCCCCUCCUCUAGUAUUGGGGAUCAAAUCUCAACAUGAGGUUUGUGGGAACAAAUGUCUCAACUAUAACACCAUGUCUAGGAAUGUUUUGUCAAGUGGGCAAAAGGACUGUUAACCUAAAGGGGCUGAAUGGAGCCUUCUGUGGAAGGAGACAAAGUCUUCCCUGACACUCCUGAUCUCCACUGAGUACCCACGUGAUGUUCAUCUCCCGGAGUAUGACGGACAUUACUCGAAUGUUCAGGAUGAUGAUAUGGAAAGGUCAGCAUCAGAAACAUACAUGCUGGCUGGGUGCGGUCAUCCCAGCACUUUGGGAGGUCAAGGUGGGCAGAUCACCUGAGGCCAAGGGCUGGAGACCAGCUUGGCCAACAUGGUGAAACACUGUCUGUACUAAUAAUACAAAAAUGAGCUAGGCAUGGUGGCAGGCACCUGUCAUCCCAGCUGCUCAGGAGGCUGAGGCAGGAGAAUCACUUUAACCCAGGAGGCAGAGGUUUCAGUGAGCCAAUUAGCACCACUGCACUCCAGCCUGGGGGACAGAGUGAGACUCUGUCUCAAAAAAAAGAGCAGGCAUCCUAUUGUAGCUGCCUCAUGUCCAGUUCUAUGAGAUGGGAGUGGAUUAAUGGCUCUCCUGUUGUUGAAGUCCUUACAUUUUACAUCUCUUUAAAAAAAGAAAACAAAAUUGUAGUUUGUCAGAUCACACAAAGCCACACAGGCUUAUAACAGAGCUCAGGAAUCUCCAGUCCUUUCCAGAGCAAGCACAGAGACACAUGGUCUUCAGCAGAGCCUAUGGGGUACAGAUGAUUUAUAUAAGAAUAGAAAUUUCAGGGCUGGACCUGAGGAGACAGCCUGAGCCUGAGUAAUCUAGCUGCCUUGUCAUCGCAUCUGGCUGCCAUCCAACCCCAGGACACAGUAAUGAGAGACUGAGCUUCCUCUGGGAGGAAGCAAACAGUUAAAUUCUUGCAGCAGCUGCAGUCAUCUAGGCGUGGUUCUCUUGUCUGACUUGGGACUGCAGAGAUCCUGGGCCAAGGGACAGAAGAAAGACAGCCUAGGAGCAGAGCUUCCAAGAUGGCUGAGUUGGAUCUGAUCGCUCCAGGGCCACUGCCCAGGGCCACUGCUCAGCCCCCAGCCCCUCUCAGCCCAGACUCUGGGUCACCUAGCCCAGAUUCUGGGUCAGCCAGCCCAGCGGAAGAAGAGGACGUGGGCUUCUCGGAGAAGCUUGUCAGGGAGCCAGAGGAACAGGACAGUGACUCUGCAAAGCAGGGGGAUCCUGCUGGUGAGGGGAAGGAAGAGGUCCUGUGUGACUUCUGCCUCGAUGACACCAGAAGAGUGAAGGCAGCGAAGUCCUGUCUGACCUGCAUGGUGAAUUACUGUGAAGAGCACUUGCAGCCGCAUCAGGUGAACAUCAAACUGCAAAGCCACCUGCUGACCGAGCCAGUGAGGGACCACAACUGGAGAUACUGCCUUGCCCACCACAGCCCACUGUCUGCCUUCUGCUGCCCUGAUCAGCAGUGCAUCUGCCAGGACUGUUGCCAGGAGCACAGUGGCCAUACCAUACUCUCCCUGGAUGCAGCCCGUAGGGACAAGGAGGCUGAACUCCAGUGCACUCAGUUAGACUUGGAGCGGAAACUCAAGUUGAACGAAAAUGCCAUCUCCAGGCUCCAGGCCAACCAAAAGUCCGUUCUGGUGUCGGUGUCAGAGGUCAAAGCAGUGGCUGAGAUGCAGUUUGGGGAACUCCUUGAUGCUGUGAGGAAGGCCCAGACCAAUGUGAUGCUCUUCUUGGAGGACAAGGAGCAAGCUGCUCUGAGCCAGGCCAAUGGCAUCAAGACCCACCUGGAGUACAGGAGUGCCGAGAUGGAGAAAAGCAAGCAAGAGCUGGAAAGGAUGGCAGCCAUCAGCAACACUGUCCAGUUCCUGGAGGAAUACUGCAAGUUUAAGAAUACCGAAGACAUCACCUUCCCUAGUGUUUACAUAGGGCUGAAGGAUAAACUCUCGGGCAUCCGCAAAGUCAUCACGGACUCCACAGUACACUUAAUCCAGUUGUUGGAGAACUAUAAGGAAAAGCUCCAGGAGUUUGCCAAGGAAGAGGAGUAUGACAUCAGCACUCAAGUGUCUGCUGUUGUUCAGCGCAAAUACUGGACUUCAAAACCUGAGCCCAGCACCAGGGAACAGUUCCUCCAAUAUGCGCACGACAUCACGUUCGACCCGGACACGGCACACAGGUAUCUCCGGCUGCAGGAGGACAACCGCAAAGUCACCAACACCACACCCUGGGAGCACCCCUACCCGGACCUCCCCAGCAGGUUCCUGCACUGGCGGCAGGUGCUGUCCCAGCAGAGUCUGUACCUGCACAGGUACUAUUUUGAGGUGGAGAUCUUCGGGGCAGGCGCCUAUGUUGGCCUGACCUGUAAAGGCAUCGACCGGAAAGGGGAGGAGCGCAACAGUUGCAUUUCCGGGAACAACUUCUCCUGGAGCCUCCAAUGUAACGGGAAGGAGUUCACGGCCUGGCACGGUGACAUGGAGACCCCGCUCAAAUCCGGCCCUUUCCGUAGGCUCGGGGUCUAUGUCGACUUCCCAGGAGGGAUCCUUUCCUUCUAUGGCAUAGAGUAUGAUGCUAUGACUCUGGUUCACAAGUUCGCCUGCAAGUUUUCAGAGCCAGUCUACGCUGCCUUCUGGCUUUCCAAGAAGGAAAACACCAUCCGGAUUGUGGAUCUGGGAGAGGAACCCGAGAAGCCAGCACCGUCCUUGGUGGAGACUGCUUCCUAGCCUACAGGAACCAUAUGCCAGGCCUUUGCUAGCCAUAGUGAUGGGAUUUGCAUUUUAGGGUGAUUUGUGGGCAGAAAUAACUGCCAGUGGUAGCAGGUUUUUGAAAUCUCAUGCAUCUCCGAAUGAGAAGAUUCUCCAGCUGCUCUCCUUUGCUCCAUACGGUGCUGUUCUUUAUGUGUUUGUAGUAAUUCUUUGUUUUCUUUUUAUUGAGAAAGUCUCGCACUGUCGCCUGGGCUGGAGGGCAGUGGCGUGAUCUCGGCUCACUGCAACCUCCACCUCCUACGUUCAAGAGAUUCUUCCAUCUCAGCCUCCCGAGUAGCUGAGAUUAUAGGCGCCUGCCACCACACCCAGCUAAUUUUUGUAUUUUUAGUAGAGACAGGGUUUCACCAUGUUGGCCAAGCUGGUCUUGAACUCCUGACCUCGUGAUUCACCCUCCUUAGCCUCCCAAAGUGCUGGGAUUACAGGUGUGAGCCUGGUCUGUUUGUAGUAAUCUUAGGCACCAAGUCCCCCUCAUCUCCUAGUACCAUUCUCCUCUCUGCUCAGGUAAAUGUCACAUUGUGCCCAGAAUGGAUGACCAGGAAUCUUCAGAGUGGCUGAGAAGAUUGCAGAGUUAUAAUAAAUUGCGAACUUGUGUA